AUGACAUUUCUAAAAUUAAUAAGAAAACUUAAAAAAGAAAGCAAUCAAUUAAAAUUAGUGUGUAUUGGAUUAGACAAUUCAGGAAAGACAACCAUUCUAGAAAAUAUAUUUAGAAGGAAUACUAGUAAUAUUCAACCUACAUUUGGAUAUUCGUUAUUUUCUUGUGUGUACAGAGACACUACUCUUUUAGUGUAUGACAUUGGAGGACAGACAGUUUUUAGAGAAUUUUGGAAUAAUUAUUUUGAGAAAUGUGAUGGAUUAGUAUUUGUAUACGAUUUGACUACAGGGAAUGACAUGUACUUAAAUAAAGUUAUUAAUGAGGUACCAGACAUUCCCGUGCUUAUUUUAGGAAAUAAAAAAGAUUUAUGUAAUGUUAAUAAACCUAUGGUAGAUUUAAAAGAUAAUGUAAGGUUAUAUUAUGUAAGUGGAUUAGAUAUUAAUACACUUGUAGAACCAUUUGACUGGCUUAUACAGAAAUGUAAAGAACACUUAGCUUUUGAUAUAUAA